UGGUCACGGACGGCAUCAAGGAAGAUCCUAAUCAAACCAUGUCAGCAAUCGCUCGAAGGUAGUCAAAUAUUGAUGGACCGCCUCCGUCUUUGCCCCACCUUCCCAAGUCAGCAUAGAUAUCAAGGAAGCGGCUCCUUCUUCGUUCAAUGACUGGCGACUAUAACACGCCUUCGUUAUUGCACCCUCAUUCCACGAGUGACUGUAUAUACACCGAGCGACUCAGGGUUCCUAGAUUCGACUGAUUCGAGGCUUAUACACAAGCUUCGGAAGCCCUCCGAUCAUGCCAGCAUGAAUUCGCAAGAAGCGACUUGUCAACAACCAUGCCUCGAGUCUAUCCACCACUCGAAGGCCAGCAGCGAAAUGCUGCUCUACCGCCCUCGAUCAUUGAGUCCGCCGCUGGAUUCACCGCUGGCGUCGUGUCGACCCUCGUCGUGCACCCUUUCGAUGUUGUCAAGACGCGCCUACAGAUCGAGGUUAAGGGCCAAAGUCUCUCGGCGCAACGCACAAGCUGGGAUGUGAUGAAGGAGAUAGCAGCAGAAGGUAAGAAAGUCGUACAGAGGCAAGGGGCAGCGGCAGGGACAGCGCGAGUGGUGCAAAAUUACUACCGUGGACUCAUGCCGAACAUGAUUGGCAACAGCGUCUCGUGGGCGCUGUACUUUAUGUGGUACGGGAGCAUAAAAGAUUAUGUUCGUGCUGCUCGCGGCGGUACUGUUCGCGAACUUCGAGGAUCAGACUAUUUUCUCGCUUCCACCGCGGCCGGAAUCCUCACUGCAAUCGCGACGAAUCCGAUCUGGGUCAUCAAGACCCGCAUGCUCUCUAAGGCGCGCGAUGCACCGGGCGCAUACCGCAGUGUUAUUCACGGCACUACAGAAUUAUACCGCACCGAAGGGCUGCGCGGCUUCUACCGAGGUCUUGUACCAAGCUUGUUCGGCGUCAGUCACGGCGCCAUCCAGUUCAUGGCCUACGAGCAACUCAAGAACCGUUGGGCGCUCAGCCGCGAAGGUGGAAAGGAAGGCCUCACGAACCUCGACUACCUAUACCUGAGUGCGGUCAGCAAAAUCUUCGCGGGUUCCAUCACCUACCCUUACCAGCUGGUUAGGACGCGGUUGCAGGUGGACGGCGUGGGCGGGAGGUAUAAGGGCGCGUGGGAUGUGGUGAGAAAGGUAUGGGCCAGAGAAGGCUUCGUCGGCUUUUACAAGGGGCUUGUGCCGAACAUCAUCCGUGUACUGCCAUCCACCUGCGUUACGUUCUUGGUUUAUGAGAACAUGAAGCAUCACUUGCCGAGGAUGUGGGGCCAGGAACGAGAAAUCAGCGAGGACUGAAAAGACCAUGAGCGUUGCAUAGCGUUCUUGUAGAUUACAGCAUAGCGCGGCGUGGCAGGCAUGGCGUUCGGACAAAGCUUGCAUAGCUGGGAGGCGCUAUGCUCAAUGGCACUGCUGAUAGACAUAGACGCAUGGACGCCGCAAGAGCUUUUGUUGCUUUCCCACCGACGUGGGAAUACCGCGAUGUCUCGUCAACUCGACUCUGCAUGCUCCCUUACUA